CCUCAGGGCUUGCCGGUUCCUCAGAAGAUGCCUGCUCCAGGGCUAAGCCAUUCAGUAGAUCCCUCUCUCCCUCCUCUCUUAACUGACAUCCCCGAGGCCAGGGUUAGCCUGCUGUACAGCGUGGACUCCUGUCUGCAGCUGGCAGCCAGGCAGAACAUCAACCUCAUCCUGCAGCACUACAAUUACACGGGGAAGCUGGGCAGACGGCGGCCCCAGGAGGACAGGAUGGGCCUCCUCAAGGUGGCCUUCAUCGCCAUUAGCUGCCUCAUUGUGCUGGAGAACCUGCUGGUGCUGAUAGCCAUCGUGAGGAGCCUGCGUGCCCGCCGGUGGGUCUACUCCUGCAUCGCCAGCAUCACGGUGAGCGACCUGCUGGCCGGGGUGGCCUAUAUCUGUAACAUCUGCCUGUCGGGCAGCCGGACCUUCCAGCUGACGCCUGAGCUGUGGUUCCUCCGGGAGGGCGUACUCUUCGUUGCUGCCUCCACCUUCAACCUGCUGGUGACGGCCAUCGAGCGCUACAGCACCAUGGUGAGGUCCAUUGCCGAGAACGAGGCCAGCAAGACCUUACGCCUGCGCAGUCUCAUCGUCUCCUGCUGGGCCUUGGCCAUCCUCAUUGGGAUGCUGCCCCUGCUGGGCUGGAACUGCCUGUGUGACUUCCCCAGCUGCUCCACCCUCCUGCCCCUCUACUCCAAGAACUACGUCCUCUUCUGCGUGGUCAUGUUCAGUAUGAUCCUGCUGGGCAUCAUCGGCUUCUACGCCUCUAUCUACCACCUGGUCCGGGCCAGCUCCCAGCAGGCCAUCACCCGCCACAGCCGCAAUAGGUCCCUGCGGCUGCUCAAGACCGUCCUGAUGAUCCUGGGGGCCUUCAUUCUCUGCUGGAGCCCGCUCUUCGCCUUGCUGCUCCUCGACGUCUUCUGCGAGUCCCAGACCU